AUGAAUCAAUUGAUGGUGAGGUCUGUGUUUAGACAUGCGAUCACCGGCAGUAAGUAUAGUCGCUACAUAUCGUCGGCCGCGGCGUCGCCGUUGUCGGCGGUUGCCGUUGUGACGUCUUCUGAUGAGGCCGUGGUGGUGAGAGGCCAGGGUUUGGGGUUCCUCGGUGGGGCCCCUUGGAGUUGGAGGACGAUGAGCACGGCGGCGGAGCCGGAGGCGAGGAAGGUUGAGAAAGAGAGUAGUACAGCGGUGCCGGGGAAGAAGAAGAACGAGGAGAGCGGCGAAGUUGUGGUGUCGAGCUAUUGGGGCAUUUCGAGGCCCAAGAUUACCAGGGAGGACGGGACUGAGUGGCCUUGGAACUGUUUCAUGCCAUGGGAAACUUAUCAGUCAGACUUGUCAAUAGACCUGAAAAAGCACCAUGUGCCAAAGAAUUUUACUGAUAAAUUUGCUUACAGGACAGUGAAACUCCUUAGAAUACCUACAGAUAUAUUUUUCCAGCGUCGGUAUGGAUGUCGUGCAAUGAUGCUGGAAACUGUGGCAGCUGUUCCUGGUAUGGUGGGAGGGAUGCUGCUGCACCUUAGGUCUCUGCGGAAGUUUCAGCAGAGUGGUGGUUGGAUCAAAGCAUUGCUUGAAGAAGCUGAGAAUGAGAGGAUGCACCUGAUGACUAUGGUGGAGCUUGUGAAACCCAAAUGGUAUGAGAGGCUACUGGUUCUCACUGUGCAGGGAGUCUUUUUUAAUUCCUUCUUUGUUCUGUACCUGCUCUCCCCAAAACUGGCACAUAGAAUUGUUGGUUAUCUGGAGGAGGAGGCAAUUCANCUUUUCUAA